UUUACAGCAGUCCUGGGGAGGUUGGGAGGAGCGGAGCAGGCUAUCGUGCUGAGGCUGGGGGCUCAGUCUUUCCGGGGCGGUCCCCAGCGGCGGUGCAUUCCAGAGUCAUCCGUGCGCGGCGGCGGCGGCGGCGGCGCGCGGGGUGCUGAGCACGCAUCCCGGCCGCUCCUGCGCGCUCCCGGGCUUGGAGCCCGAGCACGUCCCCGGCGCUAGGGGGCCUGAAGCUCCAGAGCUGGGGUCACUUGAGGCUGCUGGAUCCCCUGCGAUCCUAGGGACCCAGGAAAACACCGGUUGCCGCUUGAAAAGCCUAAUUGGGGAUCGGGAUCGGAUCUGGGCCACAGAGGAGCAGAAACCCAAGCCAUGAGCAGGUCUGCAGUCCAUUAGGAAGUUUGGAGAAGGUCAGUCAGGGGCCAACAUGGAUGCUAUCAGCCAAUCCCCUGUGGAUGUCCUGCUUCCCAAGCACAUCCUGGAUAUCUGGGCCAUUGUCCUCAUCAUCCUGGCCACCAUUGUCAUCAUGACCUCCUUGUUUCUGUGCCCGGCCACUGCCGUCAUCAUCUAUCGAAUGCGGACUCAUCCGGUUCUCAAUGGGGCUGUCUAAGACCCUUGAAAGUGGGAUGGAUGAUGCGCGCAAUGGUGUCUCACCCCAGCCUGUUCUCAAAAAGACAGCAGGCAGACUCAGGGGCUGGACUUGUGCUUUAGUUUUGAUUCUGCAGCUGGCCAACAGCGUAGAUUUGAACAAGAGACCUAAUUUGUUGAGUGCCGAGCUCCUUAGCUUUCAGCUAGGGGUCAUGACCCCCGCCCUCCUACCUCACAGGGUUGGGAGAACCACGUGACUUAGUGGAGGUGAACGCUGCCUGUGUACAGUGAAGCCACACAGCUGUGGUGCAAUGAGAAGCUUGAAGAACCAAAAACUCCUGAAGCUGCUGAUGGUAAAGGAGGCGAGCGAGACUGUAACACUGGCAAGCAUCCCUCAUGCCAAACCAUGCAAAGCUGUGUACCCCAUCCUCAGCAAGUCACACUUACUUUGUUUUCAAAGUGAAACUCCUUCCAUUUUUUUUUUCUCAGUUGGGGAGAAGGAGCUAGUAUGUCAGGGGGAGAGAGAUGAGCUCACGUUCCAAAAACGUCUCUGUCAGUCCCCGCUCUUGUGUAACCUGAAGAAGAGCUUUGCCAUUAUUUCACCGUGCCAGAGGAAUUGGUGAGAUGACCUGCUUUCCGCGUCUCACGGCUCUGCUAGCUUUGACUUUCCAGGAGUGUUGGAAAUGUGGGGUGGCUGAGUUGUUUACCCAGCAUUUCAGCCCCUUUCCGUGCCCCACAGCAGAACACUUCCCUCUGCCUGAGCUUUGUUGUCAUUAGCUCCAUGGUUUUGUUAUUAAUCUUUUGUGGCACUGGAGGUGGAACUUUGGGCCUUGUUCAUUUUGCGAAAGCGUUUUGCCACUGAGCUACAGCCCCAGCCUUCCAGCUUCUGCAGCCACCUAAAGUACUUGUUAUUUUAAGAGAUUUCCCAGGACUUUUGAACCUGACCUAAAACAACGGUGGUUAUUUUGGAUGCUAUGAUUUAUAUUUAUAUGGAGAUAUUUCUAGAUCAUUAAAGCUCACCCUUUGGUACCCAGGUCAGGGGCAUCCUGGGAUUUAUUGUUAUGUAAGAAGAUAGCAUAGAUGUUAGGAUAGUGUCAAAUGCUGUUCACUUUGAUCUUACUUCACCAAUGUAUGCAUCCAGUUUCCAAUAAAGUACCACACUGAGCAUGCCUGAAGUUUUUCUUUGAAGAACGCCUACUGAACUUUGAACUUAGAUAAAAGGAUUCAAUUCAA